CAGCGAACAAGAAAAGAAACUUCCUUGUAGCAAAGACUUCCAGAGGUUCAGGCAGGUUAGUCUGUGUUCACACUGGGACAAAAAAAAAACGUUCACUGGUAGUUCCUGCCGAGUCGGUCGCUGAGUAUACUUCUGCAUGAUAUGAUGGCUGAAUCGAUGUUGUCAGACAACUCUUCCAUUGGGGAUGCAGCGUCUGGUAGAGAAGAUGUUGAAUCCAUUGAGGAUGAUGAUCUUUACUACAUUCCUGAGAGGAGACCAUCUCUGGACCUUGGACCGUCUCCUAUGGACACCAGUCAAUGGCAUUUUGUGGAUCAGGCCUUGGCUCCGGCUCAGAGCUAUGAAAAUUUGACUAGUGAAGAUGAAGGCGUGGCAGACCAGGAGGAGGGGCCCUCUACAAGCGUCCGGCUGGAAAGAACAGAUUCAUUUUCCAGCUGCUACUCCGUUGACAGCAACGACUGUGAAAAGAUCAUUCCUAAGGAAAAAAGCAAAGAGGAAGUCAAAGAGCCCUCGAACCAGCUCGAAUUAAUCCAAGAGCCAGAGGAAAUCAAGCAUCCAUCUUUGACCCUACAAUUCACUUUUAAGGCUUUGUGUGAGACCCUGAAGAAGCUGCCUGAUGAUGAUUUCAGGAUGUUCAAGUGGAAGCUGUGGACUCAUUACCCGCAGAAAUUCAGCGCCUCUCAAAGCAUGGACAUCGUGGACCUCGUGGACCGACUGCUGGAGAGCUUCACCUGCGAAAUGUCUGUGCAGAUCACCAGAACCAUUCUCGUCAGCAUCAGUAAAAAAAAUGUUGCUGAACAUCUGCGGAAGUUGUACAUCAAAAAUCAAAUACGUCAUGAAUUGUGUGAAUUGAUGAUACAGAAGUAUAGCGAAGUGUCGAUCACCGAAGGACAAACGAUGCCACUGGAUGACAUCUACGUAGACGUCAAUACUUUCUCACGUUCUGACAAUGGCCCGAAUAUUGAACACGAGGUCUUGCAAAUAACCAAGGCGUACACCAAGAAGAAGCCAGGCGAGCCGCUUCCGUUAGCAGAAACUCUCUCUCAGGAGUGGAUAACCAAGACUUUUGCAAGGCAGGUGUAUCUCUAUGGACUGGCCGGAUCGGGGAAGUCCAUGUUUGUCAAAAAGCUUGCCCUUGACUGGGCUCGGGGGCUAUCACACCAGCAUUUCUCCUUUGUCUAUGUCAUAACAAUCAGAGAGAUGAUGAACGAGUAUUUAGAUUUAGGAACCAAGACCUCUCUGAUGGAUAUAGUGAACAAACUGUACCCGAUGGCAAAGAGGAUAAAAUCAGAGGGCUUGAGGUAUGAAGAUUAUGAAGCCUUAUUCAUCUUUGACGGUCUAGACGAGUACCCUGAUGAGCUUAACUUUAUGCGAACAGAGAUUCACUCCGACGCCAGUUCUCCCAUAACCUUGAGGAUCCUCCUGGUCAACCUCCUCAGAGGCCGGUUUCUCAGCCGCUGCCGAUUCGUGAUAACGUCCCGGUAUCAUGCUGAUCGCUGCGCCCCGUGGGAUGGGCAUUACGACGAGAUCGAAAUGGGUAGUUUCUCCGACGAAAACAAAGACGAGUAUUUCAGGAAGAGGUUCAAGGACCCAAAUCAGGCAGCCAAAGUCAUCGAGCACGUCAAGUCACUGAAAACUCUCCAUAUCAUGUGCUACCUGCCCUUGUUCUGCAUGUUGUUGGCAGAUGAGUACCAGCGGGUCUUCAGAGAGUCACCAGAAGAAAAACUCCCCACGAACAUUACGUACAUGUACACGAAGCUCCUGCUGAAGCUUGUUCACAUUCGUAGAACAAGAAAGCCAGAUUUCAGUCCAGUGGAAGAGCAGAAGUUGCUCAUGGAUCUUGGGAAAUUUGCCUUUACCUUGCUGGAAAAUGGUCAGUUUCAUUUGAAAAGGUCGAAAUGUCCUGACUUCUCUCACAUAGAGGCAGUGAACAGAAGUGGCAUUUGCAUGCAGUACAUGACGAAUCCAUUAGUCCUGUGCCACGAGGACGUGGUGUGUUUUCUCCACCCCACCAUGCAGGAGUACAUGGCUGCUCUCUAUGCAUAUCUCUCCUUUAGGAACCAGGACAAGAACAUUUUUGAUCAAUCGGUGAAAAGCAAAUUAAGAUUGAGCCACAAGGGGCACAGAAUAAUGGAGCUGUACAAGGCAGCAGUGGAAAAAAGCCUGCAAUGCCCAGAUGGCAAACUGGACUUGUUCUUGCGUUUCCUCUUUGGGAUGGGAUGCAAAACCAACCAAGAACUUCUCCUGCCGUUUCACAAGCCCGCUGCGAAGGUCCUAGACUUGGCUAAAGAUUGUGCCGCUCUCAUCAAAAAGAACCAAGGAUCUCAGCAUCCAGAUCGGAGUAAGAACUUGAAGUGUUGCCAGGAGGAGUUGGAGAUGUGAGCUUUUGACUUGGCUCCCAAGUCAGAAUGAAUAAAAUGGCCGAUCACUACGCAAGAAAGCAAAGUAGUGCACUUUAGUAUCAGAGAAAAGUUGCAUGCAUGGGUAAGGCACACUUAGACUAACAAUUUAUGUUUGAGUGUUACGCCUAUUCAUUUAGUUUGGGAGCAUAUGAGGAAAAGCUGCUAAUUUAUGUGAGACACUAUCAGUGAUCAGAUGUGAUCAGAUCUUCAUGUUUUCUCCCAUCUUCAGUGGUUUCAGAAGCUUCAUGAUCUUUCCAACAUGUUAACCUGUUGCAACCCCAAACCCCAGGGCUUUUUAUUUGGAUUUUGUGUUACACAACAACAAAACAGAAGUAACUGUGAGAGGAAAUUGAUUAAUCAUUGUUGACCUUUUUUUUUUUUUUUUUUGGAAAUUAUUUAAAACUCCCAGUUUCAUCUUGGGCUUUGAGCCUUUACCAUUCGUUAAUAUGAUUUAAACCAGGGAAUUUCUUAAGGUGGGCUGAAUGCAAAUACACUUUCCAUAUUUUUAUUUUAAAAAUAAUACUUUAGCUUCACAGUUAUGUUGUGCUCAGUGUUUAUCACACAAAAUCCCAAUAAAAAUGCAUCCAGGUUUCAGGUUGUAAUGUGAUCAAGUUGAAGGUGAAAUGACAGUUUUUGCAAGGUGCUAUAUUUGAUUAAUCUGCAGAAACUCCCAGUAUUAAUGAGCAGAAAUUUCCAGUCCAAGUUAAAAGUCUGGAGAAGGCAGCCCUGUGAGUUUUCUCAUCUAAAGGCUGAGUUGUGCAUCCAAUCUCUCUUGCUGCCAUUUGUAGGUUUUCAGAUGCAUUAGUGUUUUGGUAGCUCUGCAAGAUCACAUAGGGAGUAAUUAUAAAAAUGGUAAACAACUUGAGUCACACAGGGAUGGAUUUUGGACACGAGUCUUGGCAUACUUCUAAAAGCAUGCUGUUAAAUUAAAGAUCAGAAUAUGUAAGAGUUUAGUCCUUCAGGCAAAAAAAGCAUUUACAUUUUCAGAAACCUUGAUCUGGACAGUUUCCAAGUUUUGAUUCAUUAUCAUUGUUUUUGUAAUAACCUGUUAGAUUAAAGAUUGACCUUGAAGGAGGAGUUUAUGAUGGAUGUAAUUAUUUGAAAAAGUUUUGAAGACUAAAAUGGAAUCUGGUGUUUUAGGGUAAUUUUUUUUCUGUUUGCAUUAAGAAAUGAAAUGCUUCAUUAGGAAACUGAUUCAACACUCAUUAUUACAUGCAUGUACACAUACAGUCUUACAUUGUAUGUUCCUUUGCUGUCUGAAAGGUUUGUUUUUUUUAUGUAUAUUUUCUAUAUUUGUGUUUGUAUGAAAACAAUGAUGCUGAGAAGAAAUUUUAUCUCAAAUCUUUCUUUGUCUCGUGUAUUUGAUAAAAGAUUGUAAAACUUUCUAUUUUAAGUUUAUGAGAAAUAUCUAGAUUUCCUGUAAUCCUGUAAUAUCUAGAUUGUAACUAAUCACAGUUACAGUUAUGUAGUUAUGAAAUAGGACAAAUAAUCAGUAGAAUCAGUAUUUAUUGGUCAAGAUUGUGUGCACAAAGAAUUUGACUUUCGUUUAAAGUACUCACAGCAUACAAACAAAAAAGUAUAAAUAUAUACACUUUAGAAGAAAUAAAAUGAAGAGUAAACACAUGUAUUUACAGCCAUUUCUUGCUCUUUUUGGUACAUGUAGAAAUAAACCAGGCUUGUUGUGACAGUGCAAAUUUGGUCCUUUUGUUUCCCAGAGUGCCUGACUACGCUGGCCUAAUUAUGCACAAGCAUUGCAAAAAUGUCAGCUGAAAUGCAAUAAAGAAAUAACUUGUUGGAGGCAAAAGCAUGUUUUUGUCUCCACCCAAGUCUCCACCUCACACAUUUAUUUAAGCUUUUAAUUCAAAAGAGCAUAUCAGCUAACAAAACAGAAGAGCGAAAAGCUUAGUAAUUUAUUUUUGUAAUAUUUUGCUUUUACACAGAAGUCGAUGUAAAGUGCCUCAGUGCUGCAUUUAGAUGGGCGCUUGUUUCCCUUUCAAAGUACUCUAGAUAUUUCUCUUAGCUUCCAGCCAGUGUUUUGCUUUGUGCCUUUGUUUUCUUCUUCUCCACACUAAUUCUGUAGCUAAAGAGACUCUUCUACCAUGAAUUGUACAUGAAAGGUACAAUUCAUGUUAAAUGUGCAUAUUGCAAGACGAACAUUGUUCAGCAGGUGCCCUGAGUGCCUCUAUUGUUUACCACUACAAUCAGUGUCUGCUAACUUUAUAAACUUCUGUGCCAUUCCAACUGCAUUUGUUACAACACAGCUAAAGUUGGAACUAAAGUCCUCCAAUGCGACGUUUUUCAAGAGCAAAAUCUUCUGCAGGAUCAAUCCCUCCAUCAAAGAUGAUCUAAAACAAGAUUCGUCGUUGCAAUCAGAACCAAGUUGAAAGCAAAGAUGCAAAUGAUUUAGAUGUUGUGGCGUAACUUCUAUUAAAGUGUUGAAGUGA